AUGCCCCGAGCUCUUCUCCUUUUCCUCCUCCUGUUUGCUCUAGGACUGGAUGGCGUCUCAGCAAUCAACCUCCGAUACGCGCCUCUUGCACCGCCAAAACCAACAAAGGCCCCCUCGCGCAACGGCACAAAGAUCUCGAACGACGACCUGAAAAGACGACAAGCCGCCUCCGUGACCUCCGUGUGCGGAUACUACAACGGCGACCCAGCAAAGGCAAGGACAGCUGAUCCGGGUUUCGGCUGCCGGCUCGAUAUCGACCGCGGUCUCUGGGGCUUCUGUCCCACGACCGUCAUCUCUGCCAAAGACUGCGGACUGGCCGGCAACUGCGUCGACUCUCGAAACUGCAAAUCCGGCUGCGGAAAGACGGGCAUCGCAGGUCUGACGACUUUCACCUGUGCAACAGAUAGAUUCUGCUCCACCGUUAUCCUCGAAGGGGGCUUCGAAGGAGGCUUCUCCUACAUUGCCUGCGGCAACGCAGCGACAGUAGAAACGUUGUUCAAAGAAGCCAUCAACACCACCGAGACACCAACGUCUAUCAUCGCGACUACUGUACGCAUCACACCCACGGACGCCACCACAAUACAAUCAACCACAGCGACUUCUUCCUUGACAUCCUCUCCUACCUCUACCACAUCCUCGGGCGUAUCUUCGUCCGCAACCCAGCCCACCUCGCCAGCGAGCCAGACAACCUCCCCUACAGACGGAAACAAGUCAUCAUCCGAUGGCUCAAGCAACACGGGCGCCAUCGUCGGCGGCGUUGUCGGCGGUGUCGCCAUCAUCUGCGUUACAGUUGUCGUUGCAAUCUACAUUAUGCGACGUAACAAGCGCACCACGGAGGAAGAAUCUCAGGAGAAAAAGCGGGGGAGCCGCUUCAGGUCGUGGGGACGGUCGUCCUCGAAACCUCCCAACUAUGAACAGAGCGAAGCUGUUCGGACAGAUACACAAGGAUUCGACACUGAACAGAACAAAAUGUACGCCGGGUGGGGUCCGUCUGAAGUAUAUGGAUCAGAACCACGAAGGGAUCCCACGGCGGCCCCCGUUGAGUUGCCGAGCGCUUCCCCCGUAGAGCUUCCGAGUCGGAGAGGUUGA